CGCACUCACUCGAAUUACACGGAACCACAAAUGCCUACGAAACUGAUUAGAAUCAAUGCAGUCCAGUAGCUAGAAUACAACUCAUUGGACAUAACCAAAUAACUGAAACCAUACAGAAUCAAUAGGGAGACAAUUAGAAGUUGGUCGAUUUAUACAAGUCCGUGACUAAUAUAUUGGAUAUACGUAUUGCAUACUGUACACAUGACCUUCAUUUUGUCUCAAAUAUAAAAUUUAUCUGUCUUGUAAUACUAUCUCGCUGGUUGUUAAUAUCCUUCAAGCUUUUAUUUAAAAACACUCCGGAAAACUAAUAGCAAGAAAUGACAUCAGAUUCAUGGAGUUUUUUUCGUGGUGUAACCUACUUAUUUCGUAUAGAAAAUGAUGAAGAUGAAUGGAUCUAUGAUGAAGAACCACAUGUGUCAAGACGAAAAGAGAUUCUAUCAAAAUAUCCAGAAGUAAAAGAACUAAUGGGACCAGAUAUUAAAUUGGCUUAUUUUAGUUCAUUUGAAGUUUUCUUGCAAUUUAUUGUAGCUUUAUGUAUAUCAAUUUAUCAACCACCAUGGUUAUUAUGGUUAUUUUUAACAUAUACAAUUAGUGGAACAAUUAAUCAUUCACUUGGUUGUGCUAUUCAUGAAGUUGGACAUAAUUUAGUAUUUGGUCAUAAAUAUGGUAAAGCAAAUCGCUUAUAUUCAAUAUUUAUUAAUUUACCAAUGGGUUUACCUAUUGCUAUAUCUUAUAGAAAAUAUCAUCAAGCUCAUCAUAGAUGGUUAGGUCAUGAAGAUGGUGAUGCCGAUAUGCCAUUAUUAUUUGAAGUGAAAUUAUUUACACAUCCAAUAAGUCGUUUUAUAUGGUUAAUUAUUCAUCCUAUAUUUUAUGCAUUUCGUCCAUUUAUUAAACAUCCAUUACCUUUAACCUUAUGGGAAAUCAUUAAUUUCAUCAUACAAAUUAUAUUUGAUAUCAUAAUAUGGUAUUAUUUUGGUAUAUGGACAUUAGCCUAUUUCAUUAUUGGUACAUUACUUGGUUUAGGUUUACAUCCAUUAUCAGGACAUUUUAUAAGUGAACAUUAUUUAUUUGCUGAUCAACAAGCAACACAUUCAUAUUAUGGAAUUGGUAAUUAUUUAAUGUAUAAUUUAGGUUAUCAUGUUGAACAUCAUGAUUUUCCAUAUAUUGCAUAUACAAAAUUACCUAAAUUAAAAAUGAUUGCUAAUGAAUAUUAUGAUCAAUUACCAUAUCAUAAAUCAUUAUGUAAAGUUUUAUGGGAUUUUGUAUUUGCACCAAAUAAUGGUCCACAAGCACAUUGUGUUACAUCACAAGAUUUAUCAAAACCAGAAAUCUAUAAAAAUCAAUAUUUAUCAAGUAAUCUAUUGAAAUGUACUAAUGCAACUUUGAGAACAUCAAAAUCUGGACAAAUUAAAAAGCCGGAGAUAAAAAAGAAAGAAUAAGCCAUAUAUUUGUGUAAAUUUCCUUUUGAGUGAUUACAACGAGUGUACCCUUUAUCAAUUGAUUAUACUCAAUAGUAAUUUUAUAUGUUGUUAGUUAUGUAACAAUGUUGAUUACUUCCUUUUGAUGAAAAGAGAUUUCUUUUUUCAAAAAACCCAAAACACCAACACAUAUCAUCUGUGAUCUCAUUCUGUCUGUGUUACUAUGUAUUUUUCAUAUUGUCCAGUUUUUUUUAAAUAUAUAUCUAUAUAAGUAGGUUUCCUUGUAAACCUUGUUACUGUUGUAGUUUGAAUAUAAAUAUGAUGAUUUCCCCCGCCCCCAUCAUUCUCUCACAUUUUUUAAAUGAACAACAUUUAACGUUGUGCUCAUACAAUCUCAACAAAAUAAUGAUAAUCUUGAUCAUAAUAUUAUGAUAUUAAGUAUUAGGCAGCAAUAUAUACAACCACUCACAUACAAAUGUAGUGAACGAAGACUUGCUUGGGAUAACCAAGUCAACGUUAAAUAAACUAUCACAAAGAGGUUCAGUGAAAUGUGAAAAUCAUACAACAAUACAUCAUUUACAUAUCCUCUUUUAAUUGUCUCCAACAAAUUUCAUUUUACUUUCAUUGCAGUUGCUAUAUUGAUAGCCUUCAGUUUCCUUCUCUUUUCUCGUCACUUCAAUCUUCUCAACUGUCCACUCACAGAUGUUCCAUUUCCGACACUACUUACUUAUAUAUACAAACAUAGGUAGAAUACACCACAUAGAUAUAGAUAAAUAAAUGAACUCUUCCUCUCUCUCUCUCUCUCUCUCUCUCUCUCUCUCUCUCUCCUUAUCACUUUCCAUUUCAUCCACUUCAUCAUUCUGUUAUUUUUCAUUAUGAAUGAAUAUCCUUUUAUCAAACUAUAUUGAUCAUCAUUUCUAUUUGAUAAUGACAGUUGCUUUCAAUUAUUCUAGUUGUGUUCUAUAUCCACUAUUCCUUUCUCCUUUCGUAUUCUAAACUAUUCAGUGUUCAAUGUCAUACUUUGUACUUUCAUUGACAAUCGUUUAAAGUAAAUGUCUAAAUGUGUGUU